UUUCUUGGCCUUGGCACUCUACGGAUCACUCUACCGAUACAUACAUGUAGGUCUUGUCCUAGUGCUAAUGACUCACCGGCGUCCAUUCUAUGUGAGCGUUUUCUAGCAGGCUACGCAAAAUAUCAUAUACGCCUGAUACGAAGCGCGUUUUGCGAGUUUUGAACAACGGCAAGCUGAAAGGGGUAUGGGAAAGGGGGAGAUGAGGUUGGCAAGAGAUUCGUCCGUCAGUUCGGCCGAUGUUCACCUGCUCAGACAAACUGAACACAUCAAAUUGGGCGUUGGUCCGUCCAUACGGCUGGGUAAGAGGUCUUGGGUGCUGAUAAUGAAGGAAAUUAUAUAAGUCGUGAUGACCGCGUUCAAGCAUUUCUAGCAAUUAAAUCGUAGUUGAAAGCUUCGUCGUGGAGUCUCGAAUUUUCUCUUGUGGCUGGUGAUACCGGUAUUGUGUUCUAUUUACUUACUACCUCUAGGAUGGAUCUGAAGACGCUGACUGCCGACGAUAAGAAGAACAUCGUUGUUCUGGGCGGCUCCUACGGCGGUAUUUCGACAGCACACUAUCUCCUUAAACAUGCCGUCCCGAAGCUCCCAGACUCAAAAUCGUACCGAGUGGUCCUUAUCAGCAAGACUUCACAGACCAUGUGCCGGCCAGCUGUCCCACGCGCCCUCAUCUCUGAUGCUAUGUUCCCGCAAGACAAGCUCUUCGUGAGCAUACCGAAAAACUUUUCACAGUACACGGCCGGCAGCUUCGUCUUCGAGCAAGGGACGGCGACAGCCCUUGAUUAUGAGAAACGAGCAGUCUCGGUUCUCUUGACGAAAGAUGGCGACAGCGGCGCUGAGCUCACUAUCACAUAUCAUGCGCUGGUCAUUGCUACGGGCGCUUCGACACCGUCGCCGCUUCUUGGAUUCACGUAUGACGAGGUAGCACUCAAGUCGAGCUGGCGCUCAUUCCGCGAGGCUUUGCCUAAGGCUAAGCACAUCGUCAUUGCGGGCGGUGGUGCUUCCGGCGUCGAAUGCGCAGGUGAGCUUGGUGAACAUCUUAACGGACGGGCAGGUUGGCUGAGCUCAACUUUGUCAAACCCCAAGGUGCAGAUUACCCUCCUCAGUGGUGGGUCGAGGAUCCUACCGUAUCUGCGACCAGCGAUUGCACAAACGGCUGAAACUUACCUGGCAAAGGUUGGUGUGCGUACCGUGCAUAACACGCGAGUGGCGACUGUUGCUCCCCCCGGAGCCGGUGGGGAAGAUGUUGCGGCAAAUGCGACACUGACUCUAGACAAUGGAGAGACCCUCCAGGCUGACCUGUACAUUCCCGCGACGGGUGCCCUGCCUAACACGGACUUCGUCCCGGCCGCUCUUCGAUGUCCAGAUGGACGGGUCAACACCGACGCCGAGACACUGCGUGUCAUCGAGGCUGGAGAGAGAGUAUAUGCUAUCGGCGAUGCAUCUGCGGCCGCGCGCCCCGCGAUACACAACAUUAUUUCCAUGGUUCCCGUGCUCGGUGCGAAUAUCAACCGCGAUUUGCUAGCAGUAGCCAGUACUCAACAGGCCCAAGUGGCUGGCGAGGACAGGGUUUUCAAAGAGGAUACUCGUGAGACACAGCUCGUGCCUAUUGGGAAGAGUAAGGGAGUCGGUGCCACGAUGGGGAUGAGGCUUCCCAGUCUUCUUGUAUGGUUAAUCAAAGGGCGUGAUUACUGGCUAUGGACAACGGGAAAUCUCUGGAGUGGGAAGCAGUGGACGAAGGAGUCAUGAUGGGCUAGACGGAGCGGUAUCGCUGACUGAGGUUGUUUAAAACUCACCUUUCUUUUCCACACAUCAGAUCUAGAUCAUCACACAUAAUAAUUCACCUAGUAGAAAGUUUUAAUAGAAAA